UCAAGUGACACUAUGGAACAUCCAGUAUUUCGGAGGGCCCCUAACGGGACUCUCCUCUUAAAGGCCACGGCCGAAGCCAGCACCCUCGCCCCCCGGCGAGCAGCCGGCCAAGCCCUGUACAGGGCAAAGAAGCCCGAGGAGGUGGACGCGGAGGCCUGGGCCCACGUCUCCUCCGAGGGUGGCUCCACCGCCAACGCCACCCUCGUCCUGAGCCGGUGGAAGGUCCAGUUCGGCCAGUACCAGGGAAAGAUCUUCCACUGGCUCCUGGAGAACGACGUGGGCUACGCCAUUAAUCUGGUCGCCUCCCACCAGAAGGAGCGAGAGAAGACAGGGUCUCAGUCCCCGCUGAUGGCCAACAAGGACGCCUUCACCCGCUACUCCUCAGCGUACCCUGACUUUCUGGAGGCAGUCAGGUUCCACCGGGCGUUUGAGGAGGCGCGGGCGAAGUCCCUCCUGCCUGGUCAGGAGGGACAGGCCCUUGUUGGCUUCGGGGACUUUAAAUUUGAGACCCUGGACAGCCUGUACAAGUCUGUGGACCCCAAACAAAUCCGAUUUGUCAACUACCUCCGGAGGAAGAUUCCCACACCCGGCACGCAGAUGGAGAACGCCAUCCGCUACACCAAGAGCCGAGACAGACAGAGACCUGCUGCUGCUGCUGCUGCUAGAGCGAGGACUGCAUCAAAGCCUCUUGGUUCAGCGCUUGCGGCCUUCGUGUCCGGGCGGCGUUCUCUGUCUGCCGUGGAAAUGCAGGCAAAGAUUAAGAAGCUGGUGGUCCCUAAGCCUGCAUUUCCAGCCUCCCUCAGAUCAGCUCUUCCCUCCAAGCCAUCGGAGGAGCCUUCCGAUGAAGAGCUGAUCAGGGCGGUAGUUGACAUGGAGGAGUCCUCAGAUGUACAGGCCCCUCUCUCGUUCCAUCCGCCUCCCGCCACCCGCUCCUCGGCACCACAGAAGGGGGCUGGAGUCUCUGCUGUGCUGGGCGAGCCCACGGACGAGGAGGUGCUGGAGGCCACGCAGGAACAGGACCGCGCCCUGCGACCUCCAGCAGUAGUCCAGCCUGCACCAGCUCCCUCCUCGCUACCGCCGCCCGCAGCCACGGCUUCCCCCGGAGCUGCUGCUCGCGGACAGGAGGAGUUGCUGGCGCCAGCCUUCCUCCCUCCUCCGCCACGUGAGCUGCUGCCCGUGUCCUGGCGGGCAGCUCUCACUGUGGAUCAGCAGCAGUGGAUCGGUCGGGUGCUGUUCACCAGGGACCAGUGGGGGAGGCCGAGCCUCAUCCCAGACUUGAGUCUGUGGUGGAACCCCCCCCAAUCCCGGCCGAUCUACCACCAGCCUCCCGCGUCCCCCGACCCCUUCUUUGCAUGUCGGCUGUUUCUCUGGAUGCCACACCGGAUCUGGCGUCUGCAGCUGACAUGCCCCCAGCCUUCAUGCACCGGGUCCAUGGUGAAGGCUGGGCUGUACAGGACCAUCCGGAGGGUUCUGGACAUCGACGGCUGGUAUCUCAUGGCCACCGAGUACCUGGAGUGCCGUCGAUGCAAGAAGAAGGUCGGCGGGUGGUCACAGGGUAUCAUCAGGCAGCUGGCCCCCACCUACAGCUGCCUGUUCCCAGCAGUACUUACAUACAAGCUGUCCUGUGACCAUAGGGUGGUUACCCAGCUGAAGUCCCGCACUCUGGGCAACAGUGCCACUCAGCUGUGUAACACCCUGCGGGAGCAGCAUUCGGACGCCUGGAUGCGGAGAGCGAUCCAGUACCUCGGCGUGUGCGAGCAGUUCCUGGCCUUGUGCAGCGUGAGGGGGCAGUUUCCACCACCGCCCAUAAUGCCCACUCUGCCCUCACCCAUCUGGCUGCUGACGGUCUAUGGCUAUGACAUAAUGACGCGGCUGGAUGAGUACAAGGCCAGGAUCACGUCCACCUUCGGAUCCAUCCUUAAGAUGGAUUCCACCAAGAAGGUGACGAAGAAGCUCGCCGGUACCGCUUCCGACACGGCCGCCUGGGUUACCAACGUUGGUAACGAGUACGGGCAGGUCCUCAUCAGCGUCCUCACCUGCUCCGAGGGCGCAGAGGGCCUGUCCAGUAUGGCGGCCGGACUGAUGAGGCGGUACCGACUCGCCGGGGUACCACCCCCCCAGCUGAUCUACGUGGAUCGGGACUGCUGCAACAGAGACGGCGUGUCAAAGACAGCUGCCUUGUUUCAGGAGUGGGGACAGCUUGUGGUGAAAUUGGACAUCUGGCACCUGAUGCGACGUUUCGCAGCAGGUGUCACCACAGAGAGCCACGAGCUGUACCCCGCCUUCAUGAGGCAGCUGUCUCUGUGCAUCUUCGAGGUGGACUCCGGAGAUGCCCGCCGUCUCACUGAAGCCAAGCGGUCCCAGCUGGAGGGGAAGCACGGGAUGGUCGGCCUGACCGACGCCGAAGUGAUCCAGAGGAUCACCAGGGAGGAGUGGAGGCUCCACUGCCGUCGUCGGACGCGUGGGGCGGAAGAGACGGCGCUCCUGAUCCAGGACCUCCUCCAAACCUUCGGCGGUACGGCAGGACGCGACAACCUGGACAUCCCGUUGCUCGACGCUCUCCGCAUCCAGGACAUAUGGAGUACGCAGAGGCCCCACCUCAGCUGCAUCCAGGACCCACCUGGCAUGCAGCUGUACACGCAGACCGGCAGGCUGACAAAGGGCGGAGUCAUCCUGCCGGUCUAUCGCUGCGCGAGGGGCUCCACGUCUUUGGAGUCCUUCCACCUCCACCUCAACCGGUUCAUCCCAGGGACGCAGGCGAGUGCCAAGCACUUCCAGGCGUUCCUGAUCGAUGGACUGGUGAGGUGGAAUGAGGACCGCGCAGCGGCAGCUUCGGGAGAGGUGGAGCCUCUGCACUCCUACAGUGGCCACCUCAAGCACGUCCUUAACCAGAAGAGCCAAAGGGUGCUUGGCCGUCAGCUGGUUAAGGACUUCACCAAGCCUGCCGAGUACACAGGGGAGCUCAUCGGGGUGGAGUUCCUGUACAGGCAGACAGGCAAAGUGCUUGAGGACGUCAGCUUGGACCCCGACAUUCCGGACGAGGCUGCUGCCAUCCAGUCGCUGGAGGAGGUGGACGAGGGUAUCGAGGAAGACGUGGAGGACCCGACCGUCUUCCAGCCAGAUAUCCCCUCCACCGGCACAGCAGCCCGGUCGGGUGAUCCGGCUGACGCACCCAGGUCUGAGCCAUCCGGCCCGGCCGCCCCUCACCAACCUGACCCUCCCGAAGCCCCUGAGGCUCCUGCUCAGCAGUCCUCCUCAGACUCUGAGGAGGAGAUGCAGGGUCCUGAUGGCCAGCCAGGAUACCAGCAUGUCCUGAAGCUGGCCAAGGCCCUGCUGGAAGCCAGGAGCCUUCAGGGGCUUUCUGACAAGAGGGUGGACGAACUCAUGGCCCUCUGGCAACGCCUGCCCGAGCCGGACAGGCGACAAGUCGUCUACCCUCCCAGACACCGAGAGAGGCAGCUGAAGGGGCGGUUCAAGACAGCGAAGGGGAAGAACACCUCCUGUCCCGGGAAGGAGAGUCUCCAACGCUGUCUUCUCGGGCUGAACUCGGGCCCUGCAACAUGGCCCAGCGCCAGCCGCCUGGUAGAGGCCAUUUGCAGCCAGCUCUGCCGUCUCCACCCCGCGGCCACGCGGUUCGGAGGGAUCAUGAGGACUCGGUGGUUCCUCAUCCUCACGGACUACGUGGCCAUUAGAGAGGCAGUGCUGGCCAGCCCGAGGUUGAUGGCUCAGACCGACAUUCAGCUCUUUGAGCUCAACCAGAGGACCCUGUCCCAGUGGUUCUCUCGGCGCCAGAAAGAGAGGGGGGUGUCUGUGCUGCUGCAGGGAGCUGGCGUCGUCCCUGCAGUAGAUGUGGCUGUCCAGCCUCUCCCGCCAGCGAAAGGGUUGUCCUUUGUACAGGUGGGACAAGGACAGCCCUUCCGUUACAACAUCCCGGAGGUGCCGGGUCCUUCAGGGGUGGGUCUUUCUGCCUCAUCUGGCCACACCCCCCCUCCUCCUCCUCCUCUUCGGACACUGCUCCCGGCUGUCCCUCUCAUGGCUGCUGCCCCUCCUCCUCCUCUUCGAUUACUGCUCCCGGCUGGCCCUCUCAUGGCUGCUCAGCCUCCUCCUCUCCAUGUGCCGAAGACAACGGCUUACAGGAAGAGGAAGGCGGCGGAGGCUGAUGCUGCAAGGGGUGGGCCGUCGCCCUGGAGCAAAGCCCGCCGGCAGACUGGUCAGUACACCUGCAGCAAGUGUGGCCAGGCCAAGAGGAUCGACACUGGCCACACUCGCAUUGCAGGUGUGUCUUACUGCGCGGCUGCCGGCGGGAAAACUGUGGAGGAAUGGAGGGAGGAGAUGAAGAAACUGAAAAGGGACCCAGCGGGGGGGGAAUGAUGCCACGUUUUCUUUAAUUGUCUUUUUUCUUUAUUUAUUGAAAUAUAUUUUAAAAUAAAACU